AAAUAUAGUGAACGCUACUAGUGCUGUAGUGUCGGCUGCCACAUUAAGCUCUGCUAUAAAAAGUUCUUCUUGAAAAGCCACCUACCAAAAAAAAAAAGCCAUACGCUUUCACAUCUGCACUUGCGUUUUCUUCUGCUAUUCUGGAGCUUAUAAUAAGCUCCGAAAACCAGAAUUCUAAACUGGGUUUGAGCCUUUGGCACAUAAAAGCACCCCCAUUGAUCACAGUAUGGUGAAAGUGGGGUUGCAACAAUGGCUACGUGCAUUGGUGUUAUUGGUGGUCCUUUUGAGAACAGCUAGCUCCUUGGUGGACAUCACUUAUGUCCUGAAUGCUGUUGCAAAAGGAGCAGUAUGUUUGGAUGGGAGUCCACCGGCGUACCAUCUUGAUCGAGGAUAUGGCACAGGAAUUAACAAUUGGUUAAUCCAACUUGAGGGAGGAGGAUGGUGUAAUAAUGUUACAACUUGCCUUUCACGUAUGCAUACUCGAUUGGGGUCCUCCAAGCAAAUGGCAAAGCAGCUUGCUUUCUCGGGGCUCCUGGGCAACAGGGCUCAGUUUAAUCCUGAUUUUUACAAUUGGAACAGAGUCAAAGUUAGAUAUUGCGAUGGAUCUUCUUUUACUGGUGAUGUUGCUGCAGUAAAUCCUAAAACCAAUCUUCACUUCAGAGGAGCGAGGGUUUUUCUUGCUGUCAUCGAGGACUUAUUAGUAAAAGGAAUGAAGAAUGCUGAAAAUGCUAUAUUGUCGGGAUGUUCAGCUGGAGGAUUGGCCUCGAUUCUGCAUUGUGACAGCUUCAAAGCUCUCCUCCCAAUGGGCACCAAAGUAAAAUGCUUAGCAGAUGCAGGAUAUUUUAUUAAUGCGUUGGAUAUUUCUCAUGCACCAUAUAUUGAAGAGUUCUAUAGUGACAUUGUUCGAACGCAUGCAUCAGCGAAGAAUUUGCCUUUAUCGUGUACUUUAAGAUUGAAGCCGAGUUUGUGUUUUUUCCCUCAAAACGUGGCACAACAUAUCCGGACACCUCUAUUCAUAGUCAAUGCAGCCUAUGAUUCCUGGCAGAUAAAGAACAUUUUGGUUCCCGGGGUUGCUGAUCCCCUCGGGACAUGGCACAACUGCAAGCUAGACGUACUAAAAUGUACACCCAAACAGCUUCAAGUAAUGCAAGGUUAUAGACUGCAGUUCUUAAGGGCGUUAUUUGGGAUAGGCCCUUCUUCAUCGAGAGGGUACUUUAUCAACUCGUGCUACGCACACUGUCAAACUGAAGUCCAAGAAACGUGGUUCAGAAAUGACUCUCCAAGAUUGGCAAACAAGACAAUUGCAAAAGCAGUUGGUGACUGGUUUUACGACAGGGCACCAUUUCAGAAGAUCGACUGCCCUUAUCCUUGUGAUAAAACUUGCCACAACCGCGUUUUUGACACUGCAGAGCACCCAUUGAUAUAGAAUAUAGUUCAUUGGAAGCAGCAUUCUUUUGGACCAUUCUUUUCAAGAUUUCAAUUAUUCUCAAAGGGAAGAAGAAGAAGAAGAAGAAAUAAAAGGAAAUUUAUUAAUGAUUCAUUGAAGUAUAUUUAGAAUAAAGGAAGAUUGUCAUUGCACAAAACUGAGUGCUUGGUUUCUUCUUAUAGGAAUAUAUGAGUAUAGCACACAAAUAGGUAUCUUUACUACAUUUGUACUACAGUAACUGAGAAGCACACUUUCAGUCAGUAAAAAAUACUUUUUAUUUUAUGAUUA